AUGCAGGAACAUCCCGUUUUAAGUCUUGGUCCACUUAGAUUUAGUCUAUUCGGAAAAAUCCAAGAUCAGGGACAAUUUGCAGGAAAUUCGAUAAGAAGUUCCUCAGAGAUUACAAGUGAAGCUUUUAUGUUAAAAGAAAGUUGAUUUAAAUGAUGAUUUAUAGGUUUUGUAGAAGGAGACGGAUCUUUUAUUAUUAACAAAGAUGGGUAUUUAGAGUUUAGAAUUACACAAUCUAGCCCAGAUGCUCAAAUUUUAUUUAUGAUAAAAAAAGAAUUAGGGUUUGGAGUUGUUAGAAAACAAGAUUCAGUAAGAAAUACUCAUUGUUAUAGAGUUAGAGAUAAAAAUAAUCUAAUUAAACUAAUUUCGGGGGACCCCGCCCCCCCUUCGGGGGCGGGGGGCCCAUAUUUAAUGGAAAUAUUUUUCUUGAUACUAGAAAAGAACAAUUUAAAUUAUGAUUAA